AUGGACAAGGUUCGUCCAACUAAGUCGCCAUGGCAACAGGAGCAAAUGUCGAAAGAAGAUUGCGACCAUACCGAGGACCACACCAUCGAGGGUUUCAUGUCCUCGAUUAAGAAUCCAGAGUUUGGGGAUUUGCUCAGUGGGGCUGGAGGAUACGUGCUGUCAAAGGCCGAGGGCAGUAUGAAAAAUUCGCUUCUGCUUUGUACACCAAGGGCACUCGUGGCGAUGUUGUGUAAUGGUUAA